UAAAAACAAAGUGUAUUUGUAUUUAGUGUACUUGCGCGCAAUUAUCCUCUCUUGGCCCUUUUUAUACACAAGAAAAAGAUAAACUACUUCGAAUACGUCUCUAUCGUGUGCACCCACUUCAAUCACCCAACAGAGUGUACACAUCAUCAUUUAUUGACUUUUUUUUAUAGUGUAUAGUGCAUAAGUAUCUCGAAUGCAAUUUUUUUUAUUUUGUUCUACUGUGGCAACAGUUGUCAGCGGGGUUUUUGAACGAAUGUGGGAAAUAUUGACAUGUACCUGAUGCAUUUAAACUUAUCAGUUGAAGUGAUGCAGUAAAAGUUAAUAAUAGUUUCGAGAUAUAAGCGAGAUAAAAUUUUUUUUCAACAGAAAUGAAUAAGACUUUUUCGCAGUUAUUAACUUCUUUUUGCCUGUAUUUGUUGUUAAAAAAUUCACUCGAAAUCGGUGGUAGUUUUUUGUGAUUUCUUAUAAUUCACAUUCACGUUAAAAAUUUACUCAACCGUUAUGACAAAUUGCAAUAUUGAAAUGGCAGCGUUCAGUCAAAAAACGAAUUUGGGAUCAAUUUUGGCAGCCGAGGAAACAGUUGGUAAAUCUAAAAACUCGGUUGUUUUCAAAAAAGCACCGACAUUAUCCUCUCCGACAUUUACAAAAGAAUUAUUUUCACCAAUAGAAAAUGCUAAAGAUCCAGGAAUACCAAUUAAGCCUCCACGCCUGUAUUCUUCUUCUUCUUCAGUGGUGCCAAUAUUAAGAGAUGGUGAAUUGUCGUCCUACCGACAUUCAAUUUUAAAUAAAAAUGAUCAUAAGACGAGAAUUCGCACAAUUGAAGAACUUCUUGAUAGUUCAUCGGAUUUAGAUUUUCCAUUAGAAACAACAACACCAUCACCAGUAUUACCACCAAUAACUUUACCAUCAUCAACACCUCAAUCUCAAUCAUCACCAGAACUUUUAUCUGCAUUAGCAGCAGCAGCACUUGUUGUAUCGGACAACGACGACGAAAUGUCAGCUAAUAAAAAUAUAUUCUGCGAUAAUAAUGGUGCUUCCAAUAAUGACUUUUGUCCAACAAUUUUGCCAAAUGAAUGUAUAGCUUCAACAAGUUCCAAAGCUAGAGAAUUAAUUAAUUAUAGUGAGAUAAGAUCAAAUUCAUUAUCACCAACACCGACAACAGCUACAUCGACUGGAAUUUCUGGUUUAAUUUCGGUAAAUCACUAUGAAAGAUUAAUUGAAGAGCUGAAAUGUCCAGGAUGUGCUUAUCCAAUGAAGGCACCUAUUAAAUUAUGUGCAACUGGUCAUAGUGUAUGUCAAAGUUGUACAACAGUUUUGAUGGUUUGUCCACUUUGUAAGGAACCUUUCAUUGAUCUACGAUCAUUAACACUUGAAGCACUUUGCUCCAAAGCGCAUUUUCGAUGCUCCAAUGCUGCUGCAGGUUGUACAGUUCGACUUCAAAUAGAUUUGCUGAAUUGGCACGAAAAACAAUGCGUCUGGAAGUCAAUGAAAUGUUUUAUGGGUCGUGUCUGGGGUGAUUGCACAUGGCAUGGGCGUGAAGCCCAUUGGAAGGAUCAUCUUGAAUCAGUGCAUGGCGAUAGAGUUUUUAAAACAAAUGGAGCUGAUUUAAUAUGGGAUAUGAAUGGCAAAAUUCAAUCCUUGGCUGGCUAUUACGUUUUUGAGGUUUUCGAUGAAAUGUUUAAUUUCUAUCAAGUCCACGAUAGAGAUCGAAUACUUUUUACGAUGACAGUUACGUCUACAGUACGUGAUCGUAAGCUUAAUUUUGCCUAUGAAGUGGAAAUGUUUCAUAAAGAGAAUGAAGCAUUAGUGAUAACACAACGGUUUCCCGUCCAUAGUGAAUAUGAUAAGGACAUCUUAUUGGAUGGAACAUGCGUUUGCGUUGCUCUAACAGAUCUUUCAAGAUUUUUGGGACAAGAAAAGAUUUUAUUUUACCGUGUUCGUAUAAAUGAAAUCAAAUCACCAAAGAAAAAAGGACAUAAAAGGACUUUCCGAAAACACCCUAUCGAUUUUCAACAAACAAACAUUGAAGGAAACAAUUUAAAAAGUGUUCCUGCUGGUGUUAUUGUGACACGAAGACCUGAUGAUCCAGUUGCAAUAAGUAAAGUUAAAGAGACAGAAGAUGACGAAUUGUCAUCUUCUGAAGAGGACUCUGAGUUUGAAGCUUACAUCGAGAAGAACUGGGGCACUCCUCAAAUGAAUUUCAAUCGAAAAUACCUGCGAAAUUAUGUAUUUAAAGAGGGUGGUAGCUCAUCAUCGGGUUCAUCGAAUUUAUCGGGAUCAGUUGCUGAUGAUGGGCGAGUAAAUAAUCCACAAAGACAUGCGUGUGAAGCAAGUGGAACUAAGACAAGAAUGAAAAAUGUUACUUCAAGUUUGCGUAAAUCUUUUCGGUCGUUGAGAACGGAUAUAAUUGAUUUGAAAAAACCAUUUGCAAAAUCGCCAGAAAAGAAAGAAACUUUAAUAAAAAAAUAAUAAUUGUUGGAAUUUUUUUAAACAAAA